CCCUCGGCGCGAGGGCGGCUCCUCGUGCCCGGCGCCUUUAACAGAAGGCGGUGCCUCCAUCUCGUCUCUCUCACCGCGUCUCUCUCUCUGUCUCUCUCACCUCGUCCUGUCACCUCGUCGUCUGUCUCGCCCCGGGUCUGCUUGUCGCCACGAGCACCCAGACCAUGUCGCAGAAAAUCAAGGCCGGGCCGGUGGUGGAGAUGCAGGGUGACGAGAUGACGCGAGUCAUCUGGGACCUCAUCAAGGAGAAGCUCAUUCUGCCCUACAUCCAGAUGGACCUCCACACGUACGACCUGGGCAUGGAAAACCGCGAUGCCACGGGCGACCAGGUGACGGUGGACGCGGCCGAGGCCAUUAAGCGCUACAAUGUGGGCAUCAAGUGCGCCACCAUCACGCCGGACGAGAAGCGCGUGGAGGAGUUCAACCUCAAGACCAUGUGGAAGUCGCCCAACGGCACCAUCCGUAACAUCCUGGGCGGCACCGUCUUCCGCGAGGCCAUCAUCUGCUCCAACAUCCCUCGCCUCGUCACCGGCUGGGUCAAGCCCAUCGUCAUUGGCCGCCAUGCCUACGGGGACCAGUACAUAGCCACCGACUUCGUGGUGCCGGGCCCUGGCAAGGUGGACAUCACCUUUACCCCCAAAAAUGGAGGAGUGCCGGUCACCUACACUGUGCACGAGUUCAAAGACGGUGGCGGAGUGACGAUGGGAAUGUUCAACACCGACGCCUCCAUCACCGACUUUGCGCACAGCUCCCUCCAGAUGGCGCUGGACAAGGGCUGGCCUCUCUACCUGAGCACCAAGAACACCAUCCUCAAGAAGUACGACGGGCGCUUCAAGGACAUCUUCCAGGACAUCUACGAAAAGGACUACAAAGCCAAGUAUGAAGCGAAGAACAUUUGGUACGAGCAUCGGCUCAUCGACGACAUGGUGGCUUACGCCAUGAAGUCGGAAGGCGGCUUCGUGUGGGCGUGCAAGAACUACGAUGGCGACGUGCAGUCCGACUCCAUCGCCCAGGGCUACGGCUCGCUGGGCAUGAUGACCAGCGUGCUGUUGUGCCCCGACGGCAAGACGGUGGAGGCGGAGGCGGCGCAUGGCACCGUCACGCGCCACUACCGCAUGCACCAGCAGGGCAAGGAGACGUCCACCAACCCCAUCGCAUCGGUGUUUGCGUGGACGCGGGGGCUGGCUCACCGGGCCAAGCUGGACAACAACGUGGAGCUGACGCGCUUCUGCUCGGCGCUGGAGGCCGUGUGCGUGGAGACCAUCGAGGCCGGAUUCAUGACCAAGGACCUGGCAGCUUGCAUCAAGGGACUUCCCAACGUGAAACAGGGCGACUACCUGGAGACGUUCGCAUUCAUGGACAAGCUGGCCGACAACCUCAAGAUCAAGCUCUCCGCAGACUCCCCCCCCCACAAGCUGUGAGAUCCUCACCGCCUUCCAGCCAGCCAACCCGCCUGCCAGUCCAGCCACCGCGCAUCUGAUCCGCAUUGCCCAGCCCGCCACGGGCAUUUGCGAGCCAAGCGCACCGCACGGCACCUCCUCCCACUGACCCCCAGGUAGCGGUUAAACAGCCGAGCAGGUGAGAUUCUUUACCGCGCUCGUUUGAGCGAGUUGCCACGGCAGGUGAAAUGCCCAGCGCAGGUGGCGGUGGAGUGACCUCUGCUGGGUUCACUAGCCACUGGGAGUUGAUGCCGUAUAACCUCGAAUGACACCAGACUUGGACCACGUCAAGGUGUAGUGCACGCAACACGUGUACUGUGUACUACGUGUAGGGUGGCUGUUACAUGCGUUACACUUUAACUGGGGACAUUGGUAACCGUGCGUAUGACACUUGGGGUGCCGUCAUUAUCUGGUCGAGGUGAAAUCUCCCACAUCCAUGAAGUGGAAGGAAUCCUUUUGUCUUUGGAGCCGACCUCUACCUCUGUGCAGGUUAGCAGAAUGAUGAAUGCAUUCCUGUUAAUAUUUCUGUUUGCUCCAAAGAUUGAGUUUUUCUUAAACAUUGUGCUUGUGCAGAUUUUCGCUGCUCAAUCCCCUGUGCCUUGUGGUUCGGAUGAGGCAAGGGCAGCUGCGUGGUUUAUAAACAACCGGAAUGCCUACUGAAGAAUUGCAACUAUCAGUAACUGUGGAGUCAUUGACCAAGGUUCACGUUAACCUGUGUGCUCAAGGUUUAUGCACAAGUUGAACGGUUAAGCAUUUUACAAAUGCUUAAUUUCAGAAUUCUUCAUGUGUGACCUGUGGCGGUCUCACGUGACAAGGCCUUGUCGUAUAAAGGCUUUUCACGAGUCAUUUUUAUACGCUGUGAACUAGGAAGGAGUUUUUUUAGCGAUGAGUUGUAUGGACUACUGUGAUUCAAAUCAGUCAAUGCAAACAACACUGCUGUUGGUCAGUUUACCCAUGUGGUUGUACUUAGGAGUAAUUUUCGGAACACGAAGCAUUGGUUUAACUAAUAAAACCACAAUGUCAACACCU